AAGAGAGAGGGAGGAAUAAAUAAGAAAACCGGAAAAACGGAAGAAGAAGAAGAAGGAGAAGAAGAUCGAAGAAGAAAGAAAUAAAGAAACGUUUUAUCCAGACAAAACUUUGACCUAUUUUACUUCUGUUUUAAGGAUAAGAAGAAAGAAAAAGGUUGUUUUCUUCUUCUUCAGUUCUGACGAACAAGUUAGGGUUUACUGAGAUAUUUUUGAAUUUCUCACCUACUAUUCUGCUGCUUCUAUCUCAUCUCAAACUUCCCCUUUCGACUAGGGUUUCUCUUGGAAAGCAUGACUUGUCCCAAGUAGUUUAGCAUUCUCGUUGCAAACAAAAGAGUAAUUAGCAUCUUUUGAAGGUUAUUUCGGAGUAUGGAUGCACCGAGCUGGAUUAUACAGAUAGUAUGACGUUAGUAGCCUUUUUCACCCUUACUGAUAUGAAGGAUGGGCUCUUGACCCCUGCUAAAAUUGAAGAAUGGAUUGCCAUUUUGAAGAACGAGAACUUAUAUGCGCCAAAGAACAUGAGUGAAGCUGCUAGACAAUGGUGUACUGCUGCCAGUACCUUGGCAUCCACGGAGAAUAAAGAUAGUCUUGAUCAAUUUGUUAGGUUGGAUGGAUUGUUCCUACUAGACAAAUGGCUUCGACAAGCAUCCAACAGUAACGAGAUAAGUGACGGCUCUGUUGAAGAAUCAAUCAGAUUAAUAUUAGGAUCACUUAUGAAGCUGCCUGUAGGUAGGGAAAUUUGUGAUACUUCUGGAAUCAGGACAACAGUCAAUAAUCUCCUUGGGCAUAAGUGCGCUAAGGUUCAAGAAAUUGCAAAGAGUCUGUUUGAUAGUUGGAACGGAGGUGGGAACGACAGCGAAGCAUAUCAGCAGAAUGUUGUGAAUGAAAACCAAAUUUGUACAGAGGUAAAAACAAUACCUGCGGAUAGUGGCUCGGUGGGUCAUGGUCCACUCCGAGAAAAUGCUGAUGAAAAAAGUCACCUUGCUGCGAAACCAGUUGGUGGGGUAUUGCAACAUACUGGCAGCUCAGGUAGUUUUCAGUCAGGAUGCCUUAAAGAUGUCCAGGUUUCUGCUUCCAGUGAAAUACCUACAACCAUGACUUUGAAGAAUGAGGAUGUGAAUGAAGGUGAUGCUCAGUCUCGGUCAAUUUUGCCCAGUCCUCCUCCAGCAACAAAAUCUCCUGUGAAGGAAUCCUCUUUGGACCAAGAAGCAGCGGUACCUGUUUCUACUUCUCAUUCUCAAGAUCCAAUAGAAAAUAAUUUUGAAGAAGAGUCCAAAGAGGCUCCAGAUCAUGAGACGAAGACCAUCACAUGUGGCCUAGAUAAAACUGGUGAAGAGAAGCUGCAUUUUACUUCAUCGACAACUGUUCCUGAACCUCGUAUUUCCUCUAGUGAUCCUCCUUCAAAGGCUUUACAAUCUUCAGGGCCAUCUGUCCUAUGCCAUGUUGAUGCCAAAGACAAAGAUCCCCCUCCUAAGAAGACUACCACAACUGCUGCUGAGAAAGGUCCCAGGGCGUUGGCUUUCAACCCAAAAAGUGAGGUGCUUACUUCCGGGGUUCUAAAACAGUUGAGUAGCAAAAUGGAGAUCAAGCCUACAUCUCAGAUGGAUGGAUAUUCUAAUGCAUUAGCAAACUCACCUAUUGAUCGCUCUAACUUGAGGAAGCAAGAGAAUCAAGAGACUAGCAAUUCGAGGAAGCAGUGUGCUAAUGCAGUUAACGAUGGGAAAGAGCUAACUGGUAAGUUAGUUUUGAAGGAGCAAGGCGGGAAGACCAGAUCUUCAACAGCCCUUAGUGUAUCGAGUACUAUUGGUAGUUCAAAACUCUCAAAUAUAGCCGAUAAGAGUAAAUUGGAUAUGGAACUUGACUUUAUGAUAGAUGAUGCACUCGAAGUUGCUACCCAAGUUGCUAAAGAAGUUCGAAGACAAGUAGUGGAUUACAGGGAAUCAGUCUGCGGGUCUUCUUCUGGCAACAAUUCUGAUGCUGGCGGAGUCAUCCGGCCAAAGAGCCCCGAUUCAAUAAAUGGAGAGCUCCAUUCUGUCACGGGACGAUCUAGUGAAAUGUCAACUGGCGAAAAUCUCUCUGCUGGUUCAAAUCAAGAGGACGAUCAUUCAACAAAUUCGGAGAACAUGAGCGAACCUAAAGAUUCUGCCGCCGGCCAGGACUUACCUCAGGUCACUGCAGCUGCUCAGGUGCCAGAAGGGAAGACUGAGAAAAGCAUGUGCGACUUUGAUCUGAAUGACGAGGUUUCUUCGGAGGAAGUAAAUCAUCAAAGAACUUCAAACUCUCCCCCAGCAAAGUUUGCUUCUCCCUCAAAACUAGUAAAAUCCGAUUUUACUGCAGAACCCACUCUGUGUUUUGUCGAGGAACAAGGAUCAAAGAGAUCUGCUGCAGCAAGUGAGAAGACAGUCUCAGCUGAAGAGUGCAGCCCGAGUUUCAAGCAGAGACAGGAUUUUCGAGGUAUUGACUUGAAUUUGAUGGAAGGAGAUAAAAGUGAAGCUGUUGAUUUGGUAGUUGAGAAACAAAUCCCAGUCUCAUCAGGCCUACCUUCUGGGGAAUCUUGCGUAGAUGUGAAUUCAAGAAAAGUCGAUAGAUUGGAGUUGGACCUAAACCUCGAUGGUGACAACGAGAACAUGCCAUCAUCAGAUUGGAGGACAGAGGGACGAUUUGCUGGCAGUCAUCUGGAUUCCCGUCCCACCCUAUUCACUUCUGCAUCAUCAUCACUGAAGCAGGCUUCUUUGAAGAACAUCGACUUGAAUGAAGUUGAUUUUGGUACAUCUUCCUUCCAAAGAAAGAAUUCUCAUGGUGGGUUUCAGGUGGAGAAAGAUCCUAUUAUUUCUAUCAUGGGUACAAGGGUGGAGGUAAGGAGGAAUGAGUUCCCUCCCCAGACUCUGUCUUUCCUCCCAAAUGGACAGGCUACUGGUAGUUCCAUGAUGGAUGUCAAUCUAAGAGGAUUAUCAGGGCCUGCAGUAGGGGCACAACCUGCUACCACUUUUGCACCCUCCCCGUCUUUGAUGUUUGAUUACGGCGGGCUUACAAUGGGGCAUACUGUUCCUCUUUCCUUGUCUAUGUAUGGAGCAGCUGCCUCUGCACCUUAUGUUGUAGAUUAUAGAGGAGCCCCUGUGGCACCAGAGCUGAUGGGCUUCAUGGAGGCUGGUCCGUCAUCUUACUCCCGACCAUAUCUUAUGAGCAUGGGGAAUCAAUCAUCUCCUCUUGAUGGGGUUGGUCCCUCUACAAGGCCAGUACUUGACCUGAACUUUGGGCUGACAUUAGCAGCACCAGUGGCAGAUGGUGAGUUUAGGGAAUCAGGUGGUGGGUUGAGGCAGCUUUUAAGUACUCCUGGGAAUGGUUCUUUAGUGGAGCAGCAGCAGCAAAUGAGGUUAAGUCUUCAGCCGCUGAGUUCAGGGCUUGGGUUGAAAAGGAGUGAACCAGAUUCAGGGUGGGAUGGGCACCCUGUCAAUUUCAAGCAUCAGUCACAGUGGCGCUAGAGAAAGGUAUCUGCAACCAGAGAAUGCUGAGGAUUUGGUGUGUUUGUUGUAUCUAUAACUUUAUUUUCUUCACUUCUCAUAAAAUUAUCAAACAGGACAUAAGAACUUGUAUCUCAAUUCUCCUUUAUAGAUUACGAGGGUCUAGACAGAGGAGAGGUCUUGGUUGUAUAUCUGGCGAAGUAACAAUGAUCAAUAUUGGGGCCUUAACUCUUACAUAAUAUUUCUUAUUCCAUCUAUUCUUCUC